GAGGAGGGGCGGUCGGUUGGUCGUGGGCGGGCGGAGCUGGCCUUCGCGACCUUGAUGUGAAAGCCGCCAAACGUCCGGCAUUGGAGAAGGCUGCUCCAUCGGACCGCAAGGCCCUGCCGCAAUGCAUCCGUCAUAAGAGCAGGCCACCCUACAGCACAUCGAUCCAGAUACCCCAAGCAGCAGAGCGAGAGAGGCGCAGCGCACCCUCUCCAAAUCCCGCCAUGUUUUCCUCCUCAGGGAGUAGCAAGAAGGCCCCUCCGCAGGAGAUGGUGCAGGUCGAAAGGACAGAGAGCGCCUCCCCUUUCUGGAGGCAACCGCAGAGGUCCCCCUCGAAAUCCGGCCGCGAUGGCGCCAAGGUCAUCGGCGCCGCCUACUCGCACGCCGACAUGCUGAAGCUUGAGUCGUUAAACGUAUCCGGCUCGCGCAGCGCAUCUAGCUCCUCGCCGCGGCCGCACUCGCCGCCUUCGGCCACCGCGAAGGCUCCCAAGCCCAUCGUCACAUCACCUGGGUCCAGGCCCCCCUCGGGUCUAGGAUCUCCACCUAUCAAAUCAUACGUCAACUUUCUCUCGAGGACAAACGAAGACUGGAAGAUGGACGAGGGCGACGACAUGUACGAUGAUUACGCAGAUGACGAUGGCGAUGACUUUGGACUUCCAAGCCUCUCCAACAUGAAGAGGAAGAACAGGAGGGCGGCGGCGGCGCAAGCCAAGGACGAGGCACAUACUGGUUCGUCCGGUGGGGGCCUGGGCAUCCAGUUUGAGGACACUGGUGACAUAGCGAUCGAGAGGCCGGCACUGGGAUAUCCCAUGCCAAAAAAGAGCGAGGGCAAGAUACUAAGACCACAGUACAAGGACAUACUGAGGGAUCCCGCCAACGCGCUUCAUCUCAUCAGCCACCCCCCUACGCCGCCAAACGCCACACCCAAAGAGCUAGACGCAGCGAGCUCACGAAUAACGAGGAUAAACAAGUUUAAAAAAUUAUUGCAGGCCUCGACGAUCCAACUUCCGGACCUGCGGGAACUCGCUUGGUCUGGCGUUCCCGAGGAGGUGCGCGCCAUGACGUGGCAGCUGUUGCUGAGCUACCUCCCCGCGAGCAGCGAGCGGCGGGUCACGACGCUUGAGAGAAAACGCAAGGAAUACCUCGACGGCGUUCGCCAGGCAUUCGACCGGGGAGGCUCUAGUUCGGGGGGCAACGACGAAGGAGGGAGCAAGGGCCAGGCGGCGACCCCGGCCGUGGCCCCGGCAACCCCCGGGAGGGGAGGCAGGGGCCUGGACGAGGCGAUUUGGCACCAGAUCAGCAUCGACGUGCCGCGCACCAACCCUCACAUCGAGCUCUACGGCUACGAAGCGACUCAGCGGUCGCUCGAGAGGAUACUAUAUGUCUGGGCGGUGCGGCACCCGGCUAGUGGCUACGUGCAGGGGAUCAACGACCUCGUGACGCCCUUUUGGCAGGUCUUUCUGGGCACGUACAUCACGGACCCAGAUAUCGAGAGCGGCAUGGACCCAGGCCAGCUGCCGCGCGCCGUGCUAGAUGCCGUCGAGGCCGACACCUUCUGGUGCCUCACCAAGCUGCUGGACGGCAUCCAAGACCACUACAUCGUGGCUCAGCCAGGAAUCCAGCGUCAGGUGACUGCGCUGCGAGACCUAACGGCGAGGAUAGACAAGCAGCUGGCCAAGCAUCUGGAGGCCGAGAAUGUCGAGUUCAUACAGUUCAGCUUCAGGUGGAUGAAUUGCCUGCUGAUGAGGGAGAUCAGCGUCAAGAACACCAUCAGAAUGUGGGACACUUAUAUGGCCGAGGAGAACGGCUUUUCAGAGUUCCACCUCUACGUUUGCGCAGCUUUCUUGGUCAAGUGGUCGGCCAAGCUGAUAAAUAUGGACUUUCAGGAGAUCAUGAUGUUUCUCCAGUCGCUCCCUACGAGGGGAUGGACGGAGAAGGACAUUGAGUUGCUGCUGAGCGAGGCGUUCAUAUGGGCCAGUCUAUACAAGGGCUCAUCAGCGCAUCUCAGGGGGCCCUCGUCAGGGCGAGCCCCCUCGGCUAGCUUCCAGCUCUAGAGUGUUUUGGUGGGCAGGUGGUAUUCUGCAUUACAAACCAACGACACUCAUUUAGUACCACAGUAAUUCACGAUGUGGCUCGAGACUGGGACAUGCUGACACUCUCUACGAGCCACGCCGUUCACGUAACAGCCUUAUGUGCGGUCGCAAUCGAAGAUUGGGCUGCAGUCGCUUUAUUCGUCCGGGUGCGUUGGUGUUCUUAUUGUGCAGCUUUCCCACAAUCUCGGAUUCGGGAGAAGCAAAUUUUGACGGGAGUAUGACCUAUCCAGUGCUGCCGCCAACCGAUGCAGCUACCUGUAGUUGCUGCUUGUUUGCCAUUGUCAUUCUUUUUGUCACCUAAUAGAGCAAUCGUGCAAGCCGCCCCCACCUAGGCUGCUCAUCCCUUACAGGCAUUAAAUUCCUAACAGUGCGAUAUCAUGGAUUUCCAUCAACAGCACAACACUUGUGAGGCUCCUAGUCGUUGGUGCUCCUCUCUGUACUCGAAGUCAUUAUAUAUCAUAUAAAGUUUGGC